GACUGAAAUGUAAGGGAAAAAAAUACAUUCUGUGUAGAAAAAAAUAAGUGGGAAAAAAUAAUAAUAGAUAAUAAUGAAGAAAUUCUACCUGUAACUUCGUUUCCGUUUCCGACAUCUUUCUUUCCGGUUUUGUGUCCCCCCUCAACCAUCAUGAAGGUCGAGCUGUGCAGUUUCAGUGGGUACAAAAUAUACCCCGGCCAUGGUGUCCGAUACGCCAGAAUAGAUGGGAAGGUUUUCCAGUUCCUGAAUGCUAAGUGUGAGUCUGCCUUCCUGGCCAAAAGGAACCCCAGACAGAUCAACUGGACUGUGCUGUACAGGCGCAAGCACAAGAAGGGCCAGUCUGAAGAGGUGACAAAGAAGCGCACACGCCGUGCCGUGAAGUUCCAGAGGGCCAUCACCGGCGCCUCCCUGGCUGAGAUCAUGGCCAAGAGGAACCAGAAGCCUGAGGUCCGCAAGGCCCAGCGUGAGCAGGCCAUCAGAGCUGCCAAGGAGGCCAAGAAGGCAAAGCAGACAACCAAGAAACCCUCUGCUGCCGGUGCUAAGGCACCUGCUAAGGCUGCACCCAAACCCAAGGUGGCAAAGCAAAUGAAGGUCAAUGCGCCUCGCGUUGGUGGCAAACGCUAAAGCUUUUGGCUUUGUUGAUUGUGAAUAAACAUUCUUGGUAAUCAAA